UUCCUGAACCAUCAGUUUCCAAAUUCCAAACGAAACUUGCAAGAACAACAUCAGUCACAUUUUUCACACCACAGAUCAAAACAAAAAAGCCUAGAAUGGUGGAUGACGUUUCUGUUCCACACUUUUCAUUACACAUUUUGGAAUCACAAUAAUGCUGAUGGAAUCAAUUGAAUGCAGCCACAAAAACCCAUUGCUUUCACCUUCUUAUUGAGCUCAUUCUUCUCAAUUCUUCUUCAUUUCAAAGCACUAAAAUUGUGAUUUUUGAGUGCUAAAAGGGUCCCCUUUUUUAUGACAUUUAAUAAUCAUAGGACAAGUGGGAAAAGCAUAUGUUCCAUUAUUAGAUUUAGGAACAUUAUUUUCAGCACCAGCAACAGCAACAUCAACCAUCGCCAUCAUCAUCAAUAUUCUCCACUUUGUGUUCCUUUUUCCACAGUGCUCUUAGGUUCUUCAAAAUGCUUAUGGUCUUGCCCUACUGCUUCUGCUUUUGCUGCCAUAUUCCUGUGCAAUUCAUUGCCCACUGGUUAAAGUUUGUAUUUUUGUUCUUCAAUUGACCCAAGCUUCACUCUUUUCUGCACCAUUUUGUGGGUAAUAUAUCCAUUAUCACUUUCUUGUCUGCUGAAUCUACCAAGUACAAGACUGGGGAGAAAGAGGAAUAUCAAGUUCCUAGGAAGCUUCUUCAAACAUGCUUAAAGUUUGGUUCUUGGUGUUCAUUGUUCUCUCCCAUGGGUUCUCAUCAACUGGGCAAGACAUGCACAAUUCCACAGUACCUGAUGUUGUAAAUAUUGGGGCUCUCUUCAAUUACAAUACCACUUUUGGUAGAACUGUAAAAAUUGCGAUAAGAGCAGCACUCGAAGAACUGAAUGCUAAUCCAUCUAUUCUUGGUAAAACACACUUGAAUGUCAUACUACAAGAAGAUUCUAAAUACAGAGGUUUUCUGAGCAUUUCUGAGGUUUUGCAGGUUGCAACAAAGCAUACUGUGGCAAUAAUUGGUCCCCAGUCUGCUGUAACAGCUCAUGUCAUAUCUCAUAUUGCUAAUGAGCUCCAAGUUCCGCUGCUAUCAUUUUCGGCUCUAGAUCCCACCCUUUCUUCACUUCAGUUCCCAUUCUUUAUUAGAACUAGUCAUAGUGACCUUUAUGUGAUGACUGCAAUAGCAGACUUUGUUGACUACUAUGGGUGGAAAGACGUUAUUGCUUUCUACGUCGAUGAUGAUAGUGGGAGGAAUGGUAUUGAAGCUUUAGGUGAUAAGCUUGCGGAGAAACGUUGCAGGAUCUCAUAUAAGGCACCUAUGAGCCCUGAACCGACCGAUGAAGAGAUUACAAACGUGCUUGUUCAGGUGGCUUUGGCAGAAUCACGGGUUAUAGUUGUUCACGUCAACAUUUUCUUGGGCCGCAAGGUUUUCGAUAUUGCAAAGAGUCUUGGGAUGAUGGGAAGUGGGUAUGUCUGGCUAGCCACUACUUUCCUUUCUGGUAUACUUGAAAUGAAUACUCCCUUCCCUGCAGGAUUUACAAAUAAUAUUCAAGGUGUUAUUACAUUUCGUGUAUAUACACCAGAUUCUGAACUCAAAAGAAGGUUUGCUUCUAAAUGGAAAAAUUUGACUCAAGGGGAGACUGCUAAUGACCCCCUUGGAUUAAGUGCUUUAGGUCUCUAUGCAUAUGAUACUGUUUAUGCACUUGCACAUGCACUAGAUGCAUUUUUCAAACAAGGGAACCGAAUUACUUUCUCAAAGGAUCCAAAAUUAUCAUUACUUCAUGGAGACAACUUGGGUCUUGAUACAUUGAACAUCUUCAAUGAAGGAAAUCUUUUGCGCAGAAGCAUAUAUGAAGUUAACAUGACCGGUGUGACUGGUACAUUCAGGUAUACAUCUGACAGAGACCUUGUAAAUCCUUCAUAUGAAAUCAUGAAUGUGGUUGGAACAGGGUUUAGGAGUAUUGGUUAUUGGUCCAAUUACUCUGGAUUAUCAGUUGAUCCUCCAGAAGCUCUUUCUUCCAAACCAGCCAAUAAUUCCAGGGCUGGUAAAAUGUUACGUCCGGUGAUUUGGCCUGGAGAUACUACCAAAAAACCUCGUGGUUGGGUUUUUCCAAACAAUGGAAGGUUAUUGAAAAUUGGAGUUCCAAAAAGCAUUAGUUACCAUGAAUUUGUCUCACAAGUACCAGGCACCGAUACAUUUGAGGGAUUCUGCAUUGAGGUAUUUCUUGCUGCAGUGAAUUUGUUACCUUAUGCUGUCCCCUAUAAGUUUAUCCCGUUUGGCGAUGACCACAGCAAUCCUAGCGCCACUGAACUUGUUCGUCUAAUCACAACGGGUGAAUUUGAUGGUGCUGUUGGUGAUAUUACAAUUACCACAGAAAGAACAAAGAUGGUGGAUUUUACACAACCUUAUAUUGAGUCUGGUCUAGUGGUGGUAGCACCAGUUAAGAAGACAGAUUCGAAUGCUUGGGCAUUUUUGGCCCCAUUUACGCCAAUGAUGUGGGCAGUCACAGCAAUCUUUUUUCUAUUUGUGGGAGCUGUUGUUUGGAUAUUGGAGCAUAGAGUGAAUGAUGAUUUUAGGGGCCCUCCCAAGCAACAAAUAGUAACUACUUUAUGGUUUAGUUUUUCAACCAUGUUCUUUUCACAAAAGGAAAAUACAGUGAGCACGCUUGGUCGCUUUGUGCUGAUUAUAUGGCUAUUUGUAGUUCUUAUAGUUAACUCGAGUUACACAGCAAGUCUGACCUCAAUCCUCACUGUGCAACAACUUUCUUCACCAAUCAAAGGAAUUGAAAGUUUAGUGAAUGGAAAGGAUCCUAUUGGCUACACACAAGGUUCUUUUGCGAAAAAUUAUUUAAUCGAGGAAAUUGGCAUUAAUGAAUCCAGGCUUGUUGCUCUGAACACACCGGAGGAAGCUGCGAAUGCACUAAAAAAGGGUCCCCAUGAUGGGGGUAUCUGUGCAUAUAUUGAUGAGCGUGCCUAUAUGGAGCUCUUCCUUUCAACCCGGUGCGAUUUCACUGUUAUAGGUCAAGAGUUCACCAGAGAUGGUUGGGGAUUUGCCUUUCCACGAGACUCUCCGUUAGCAAUAGACCUGUCAACAGCAAUUCUUGAAAUGGCAGAGAGUGGAGACCUACAAAGGAUCCACGACAAAUGGCUUCUGCGCAGCGCUUGCUUAUCACAAGGCACAAAGCUCGAAGUGGAAAGACUAAACCUUAAAAGCUUCUGGGGCCUCUAUCUGAUCUGUGGCUUUGCCUGCUUCCUUGCACUCUUCAUAUAUCUCAUUCAGAUAGUUAGGCAGUACAUCAAGCACUCCUCAGAGGAAGUUCACCCUGCUGAUCAGAGCACGUCAUCAUCAGGGUCCUCGCGCCUUCGAAGUUUCCUUUCAUUUGUAGACGAAAAGGAAGAGAAGGUUAAACACCGUUCCAAGAGAAGGCAAACAGAGAUGAUCUCAUGCCGAAGCAGCAUAGUUGGAUCAUCCAUUAGCUUUAGCUCCAACAAAGACUAUGCUCAUUCAUCUCCACACAAAAGUGAUGGUGGUAGUGAAGCAUAAGCCAACUUUUGUCUAUUGUCUAUACAUGAUUUUGUGGCCUCUCUUGCCAGCUGCAAAAGCACCAACACCGCUCCUUGUAUCUUUUGGAAUCAUUAUUAUGCUGUUAGAACUUAGGAUAUAGUUUUGGUUAAUCAUCACAAUUUCACUUAUAUAGAUAGCUCUAGGAAACAUCUAAAACAAGUUGACCUUUCAAUUUAAGUGCAAUACUUAGGUUAUAAUCUAUCUAUCUAUCUAUCUGUGAAAGGAUUGAUUGUAAUUUGUAAUUAUUAUAUAGUUAUAUUAACAAAAAGU